UCAGUCUUUCGUUUCGUAUUGUGGAUGUCGGAUGAAACAAUUAACAAUUCAUUUCAUUUCUAUUUUUUUAUUUUGGCUAAUCAUAAAGAGCGAACAGUAGUUGACGCUUGAGUAAAUAAACAAUUUUAUCUGCGUAUUGUAUAAAGCGCUAAAUAGUUCGAGUACAGUGAAAGUGCUAUCCUAACAAGAUGACUGCAGUGAACUCGAGUUGGGAAGAUGUAAGAAAGCAAGCACGCACACUAGAAAAUGACAUUGACAUGAAGUUGGUUGCAUUCAGCAAGCUGGGUGUUAGCUCUGGGACUUCAGGUCUCAGUUCAGAAGCUGUACCUUUGAUAAACAGUGAUGACAUGUUUGAUACAUUGUCAAUGGAGCUGCAACAGUUAUUGAGUAAGCUGUCAGCAAUAAACGAUAGAAUGGCAGACCUAGCGCCCACUGGCACAGCAACACUGCACACCAUCAAACGACACAGAGAGAUUCUUAUGGACUAUCAACAGGAGUUUCAAAAGACAUCCGCUCGCGUCAGUGCGCGCCGCGAGAGGGAGGAGCUGCUGCGGGGGGGCAGCCCGCCGCCCGCCGCGCCCGGCCUCAGCCGACGAGACCAGUACGCUAAAGAGGCCAACCACUUGCACAGUUCACACAUCCUGGUUGACGAGCAAAUAAACAUAGCAAUGGAGGCGCGGGAACACCUCACCUCCCAGCGACAAGUCUUUAAGAGGAUGCAGACCAGAUUUAAUGACAUCACCAACAGGUUCCCAAUGCUGAACAGUCUCAUGUACCGGAUAAAUGCUCGCAAACGUCGCGACUCACUGAUCGUCGGAGUAGUGGUUGCUAUCUGUACAUUCCUGCUACUGUUGUAUGCAUUCCAUUAAACUAUAUGUUAUGCAUUAAAUGGACUCAGACAAGACACUAACUAAUAAUGAUAUUAUUAGCUUUUAGUGUUACCAUUAGUCAAAAAAAAAAACAUUUUUUUUCCGUACCUUUAACCUGACAAGAAAAAUUGAUUUCUUCCAUUAGCGAAUUUAGCGCAGACUGCUAAAAUACUUAAGGCGCUCCUAAUCUGUUAAUAAAAGCGAGAGGUUACUCGGGUAACAUGAAAUAUCGAAAACCGCUUGAUGUUGUUGCAAAAAAUAAAUUUAGCACUGGGUUACUUUAAAGAUAAUGACGUCGGUCAUUAUCUUUAAUAUCUAAUAGUGGUCGUUAAUGAACUUAACAUUUAAACCAACCAACCCGCCAACCGGCAUUGGAGCGUGGUGAGUCUAAGCUUUAUAUCCACUCUCCUAUAAGGAGGGUGUAAGAAGCUUUAGUACUGGCCCUGUAGUGUAAUAAUAGAAUGAUAUGUCUUCUAAGAACGAGACGAACGUAUUAAAGAGGUCUAAGGGCGAACGAAGACGCGGGCAUCCGCUAUUUUUUUUUAUAUUUCAGUUUUAUUUGUUAACAAAAUAGGGGGCACUAUUAGCAUUUAUAUAUUUUCUAAUCCAAAUGAAAUGUUCCUCUAGCUUUCCCUGAAGAACUAAAAAGGAGCUAUGUUCCAUUGUUUUAAUAGAAAAAAAACUAAAUUUAAAUUUUUGUCAUUUUUAAUUACCUAAUAAUGACUAAUAGUAAAAUUCAGUGAGUAAAGCUCAUGGAAAAUUUUCUGAGAAAUCUUUAGUUUAGCAAUUAUCACUAAGAGCUAGUUGUUAAGUUUUGCAAUAAAAUAUCAUUAAAUGUUAUUGUAUUAUCUAUAUGUUACAAUAGUAAAUUAUUAUGUAAACAUUUGUAAAGAUAUUGUAAAUAUUUAAUCAAUUACAAAUAAAAUAAUUAUUUUUUAAAA